AUGGCAGGGUACAAUAUCAGAGAAGAAAGAAGGAGGCUUGAUACAUUGCUGGCAAUCAGGUAAUCGCUUCCUGUUUUGGCUACACAGCUCUAUAGAUCUAUAUAGAUUGAUAUUAUGUAUAGACACAGCCAGCUCUGCUUCUAUUAUUCAGUAGUAUCCAGUAUGGAAUGAGAUCACAGAAUGUUCCUUUGUAGUCUCAGCUACAGUAGGUGCAAUGUGUUGCAGGCCUUACUGUCUGCAUGGAAGACGCUUUAUAGUAAUACAUUGUGCUAAAUCUGUAUCUUGCUCAGUCAUUAUCCAAUAAGGGGGGGGGGGGGCUCUCUUGUUUAUAUAGCCAUCAAUUACAUCAUCAGUUCCUGUGUAUAGUUCUCAGCUGGUGCAAGGUGUCAGCUUCCCAGAUAUUUAGCUUUAUCCAUUAACCUUAUGUAGACACAUGCCUAACACAACAAUCCUGACAAGCUAGUUGCUGGGCCCCACAAUCCUUAGUGUGCUAAGCUUGGCCCAGACAUAAUGUUGCAGGAUAUUAUUGUGCCACAUUCUAUCAAUAAAUCUAAAAUGCCAGACCCAUGGCUAGUGAAGGGUUAAUGCUUAGGUAGGUUGGAAGAAAAAAGGUUUAGGUUGCUACAGUUGGAGUAAGUACACCACAGAUAUUUGUGUCUGCUCUAUAAGCCGCACAGUGUUUGCACCUUCAUGCCAGGCGUUGAAAAGAGGUUGUAUAUGUAACCCUUGUCCUUUUUUGUUUGGGGAAAUGCUUCAUGCAUAUAAACUUGUUAAACUAGGGGUUGUAAAAGACAAAUGUAUUUUUUUUGUUAUGCAAUUGCUUAUUCAAUAAAGUGGAAAAAACUGUUGAAAAUGAAAUUGGUAAACCCUAAUCUAAAUGGAUAUUUAAAGCACAAUAACAAAUAGGCUUAUUAUGGUUUUUGUGAUGGGAAGCUGUCCCUGCAAAUGUACCAGAUUUGUUAAUUUUUUCAUCUAUGAUGUCCCGACUUCAACCCUUGCCAUAUAUGUGUCUAUAGGGAAACAGUGUUACAUGAGUGCAUGGUAAUAGAUCAGACUUGCACUCAGUGAACAAAUAGUGUGUGUGAUUCAGAUCUCUAAAGCAUUUAAAGGUACACUCCAGGCACCCAGACCAUUUCUGCCCAUUGGAGUGGUCUGGGUGCUAACUCCCACUACCCUUAACCCUGCUGGUGUAAUUAUUGCAGUUUUUAUAAACUGCAAUAAUUACCUUGCAGGGUUAACUCCUCCUUUAGUGGCUGCCUACUAGACAGCCACUAGAGGGCACUUCCGGGACUAUAGUACAGAUUUUCUGUGCUAUAACGACGCUGGACGUCCUCACGCUAUGUGAGUUCCUCCAGCAUCUCUAAAAUCCCCAUAGAAAAGCGUUGAAAAGCAUUUUCAAUGCUUUCCUAUGGGGAGGCCUAAUUGUCACGCAUGUUCAUUAGGUCUCCUCUGCGGGCGUGAUGAAGUGGAGGAGCUUGGGCGGAGGAAGAAGCAGCGACGAGGGACAUCGUCGCUGCGUCUGGUAAGUUACUGAAGGGGUUUUCACCCCUUCAGCACCCGGGGAUUGGAUGUGGGAGGGAAAGGGGACCUACAAUGCCAGGAAACUGAUUAUUUUCCUGGCAUUGGAGAGUCCCUUUAAGCUUUGUAUGAAAAGUCUGUUUUCACUCUUUCUCCCCCCUCCCAAUCAGACAACAGGUAAUAUUACUCCCUGGUUUGGUUAUGGAGCUAAGUGGAGCUAAACUCAAGAGUCUGCAAUUGCUCAGAGCACCUGUCUUGCAUUGAUCUGCAUUGGAAGUCUGUGAUUGGACAGUUACAGAAAGUCUGGGCUGGGAUAGAAGGGGCGCGCUUGCAAAGGCUUUAGACCGGAGAUGGGCAGCUUCUGCAAGCUGUUUUUAGAUAUAACCUCAAUAAAAAAAAUGUAUAAUUAAACAAAUGCAAGUUUUCAUAUGGGUUUUAUCUGCUAAACAGUGAUUUUAAUUUAUUUUGUAGUUUGGCACUGGAGUGUCCCUUUAAGCAGAAAACAAUGGAAAUUAUUUAAUGAUGUUUAAUUGCAAAUAAAAGUUUGCAGGGACAGCAUUGAUUAACAUCAUUACAAAAAGUUGGAAUGGUUUGGUGAUUGGAGGGUUCCUUUACAGGAUCACUCCUUGCACCAUAACCACUGCAUACACCUGUAGUGGUUAUGGUGCUAUGAGUGCCUUGACGCAUGCUAAAAUGGUUUGCCAAAUAACUGGGUCCCCCUCAUAUUCCAAAUUCAGCUAUGUAGUGCAUAAUUUUCAUUUUAAUGGGAAGCUAUAGGCAUCCAGAACACUGAAGUGGUCUGGGUGCAGACCCCUUAACCCUGCAAUUGUAAUUAUUGCAGUUUUUGGUCAACUGAAAUAAUUACCUUGCAGGGUUAACUCCACCUCUAGUGGUUGUCUACCAGAUACCCACUAGAGGGACUUUCACGUGAUUAGGGGACUUUAAGCUGCUUAGUUGACGCUGGAUGUCCUCACACGCUGCAUGAUGACGUCCACCGUCGCCCAAAACCCCAUUAUACAAAGCUUUACUAUGGGAUAGUCGUAAUGCGAGGGUGGCGCGUUAGGUCCCCUGGCUGACAUCAGCAAAGGAAGGAUUUUUAGCCCUUUCAGCUCCACGGGGGGAAGGGGUUAUAAUGCUUGGGAAAACAACUUACUAUCUAGGAGAGCCUCAUGGUGUGUGGAUUUUUUUUUUUCCAUCUCAUUGCAAAAUGGUUUGACAAAUAUCACAUGGGAAUGCACCAGUAGACUUAUUAUUAUUAUUAUUAUUAUUAUUAUUAUUAUUAUUACAAGGAGUGCAUUUAAGAAUGUAAACAAUGAAAUUACCUGUAAUUUAAAAACCAAGAAUUGUCGAUUAUCCCAUUGCCUGACCAUCUAGUUUUUGUUUUAGACCUGACUCCUUCCCUUUUGAAGUAAGAGGAUGUUUGAGUUCCCCUAAUAAGGGACUGACCUGUCGCCAAGGGUAACAGAACAAGCUUCAGGAACCUGUUAGCAGAAUGUCACACGACACACCCAUUCUGGUGUAUGCUGACAUUGUCGGGGGUUUAGGACGUUGUGUUUGGUUAUAGGUAAGUCAAUAACCUUCAUUUAAUCAGAACCUGCUUUACCUGUUGCACAUAGUGGGAUAUGUGUUUAAUGACACAGUACCAAUAUUAGAUUUUACUUUUUCAAUAUUUGAUGUUUGUACUUUGCCUUAAAAGCACAUUGUAAUAACCGUUUUCCUUUUAUUGAGUUAAUGUUGCUUUUAAUAUUCAAAAUUAUUCAUGCAAUCAAAAAUAGUAAUUUGCUGUAAUAUGUGAUAGCUUUUUGUUACAUUUCACAUGACCCAAUCUGCUAAAGGGGAAAAAAAAUAAAUUGGUGUUCUCCAUGGAAAUACGAAAUCAUUUCACUUUUUAUGCCAAAGCUCCUUAAGAGUUUUUGUUUUCAUAUCAAUAUACCACGAGAAAAUGCAGGUUUGUAUAAAUAUUCUAGAACAUUGUAAAUGUGGAUUAGUAAGCAGGAACAUUCCGCUGGUUUCCAUGGUGAUUGCUUUACUGUUUGGAACCUUGUCCAGGAAAUGCUGGCAGUUUGGUUCUAAUAAUCCCAAAUACAAAAGCGCAAAGAUGCUUUAGUUAAAUUCACACUUGAAUUUAGACCAUUUCUAUAAGCUGUUUUACUUUAGUUUGCAUUAUAAGGCAUAAUUUCUCAAUAUGAUGUUUAUGUCAAAGUAAGUAUAACCAUUUCAUGAGUAUUCAUCUUAAAGCUAAUAAUUUAUGUGUAAAUCCUAUUACUUGUUUUAAAACAGCUUGGCUCUUUACAUAAUGACUAGAUUUGACCUUUAAUUUGGUAGUCUUAAAGCAAAUGUAAUUUGGAUUUGCUACAAUUAUUUAUAUAGCACUAACAUAUUCCGCACUGCUGUACAAUAGAAAAUAUCAAACAAUUCUAAAAACAUACAUUUGGCAUACAGGAACAGAGUGGGGGUUGCUGCAUUUUACUGUGCUGUUUCCUAAUUAAAUGAAUGAAACCAUGAUUAAUGGAUAACAGCUCUGAUGCCUACUAUUGGUAUUAAUUUGGAGUAUCGACAGAAGCAAUAUGUAUGACUUAGUAAAAUGUAAAAAAUAAAAAUAUAUAUCAAAUAUCUGUCCCUAAUGCUGGAUUAGACUCAGGUUAAAGCAUAUAACACUAUCUUGGUGACAUGGUGAGCUCCGACUUUUUGGAUUUGAUAGAAGCUGUGUAGAUUCUGAGUGUCACUUUGAAGAUAUGUCUUCCUCCAGGACUCCAAUGCCAUGGGUUUGAUGUAUAUUUCCUGAUUUAAGCCUUUUUAGGACUACCUUUCUUGAAUGACCAAACCAAUUGCUAAUAAGUGGGAGAUUCCUUUUUGGCAUAGGGUAUGCUGGGACAGAGAUGCGAUUAAAGCAGAGUUUAGCAUUUGGUCGUUAACGGGUUCUAGCUGUUCAGUUUGUGAACACAAUUUACAGACUCUGUUACCAUGGGUAUGAAAUGUGAAUUUUCCUAAUUAACGUGAAGUCAAACAGACCUCAUGUUUCACUGAGCAAUGUGUCAAGCAUUCUAAAAUCAUGGUGUGUGUCUGACUAUUGAGAUCUGGAUUUUGACACUUGUACACAAGAAUACACUGCACAACAAAAGUCCAGAAUUUCAGACACUCCUGAAUUGCUUGUAGAUGGAUAACUAGUAGUAUAUACUCGAGUAUAAGUCUAGUUUUUCAGCACAUUUUUUGUGCUUAAAAACCCCCACUCGACUUAUACUAGAGUCACUGUCUGUAUUAUGGCAACUUAGAGAGCCCGGCCGUCAGAGCCAUGGCAACGAUCCGCGCGGCAACCAGACCGCAAGACUUACAGUGGAGCUGACCGGAACGGAGGAGAAGGGAGCUGAUAGGAGCUGCAGAUAAGGUAAGUAGAUGCUUCCUGCCGCCCCCCCCACUUCACAGCCCAUGCCACUGGACCACCAGGGAUUAAGAUAGCCCCAAAAAAAAAUAAAAUUAAAAUAAUAAAAAUGCCCUCCCCCCACCCAGUUCACACACACACUACACAAACACACACUCUGCAUUAUAUACACACUCUGUAUUAUAUACACAGAGUGUGUGUAUAUAAUGCAGAGUGUGUGUUUGUAUGAGUGUGUGUGUAUAUAAUGCAGAGUGUGUGUUUGUAUGAGUGUGUGUGUAUAUAAUGCAGAGUGUGUGUUUUGUAUGAGUGUGUGUGUGUGUGUGUGUGUGUGUGUGUGUGUGUGUGUAUAUAAUUAUAAAAAUCACAGAAUUUCAUAGCCCCAAGUUUUACCCUCGACUUAUCCACGAGGCAUAGCAUAUUUCACAAUUGUUGGUCACAAAACUGCACUCGACUUAUACAUGAGAUCGACUUAUACACGAGUAUAUACGGUAGUUCAUAUUUUUCUAAAUCUAUGAUGUAGUUAUAGAGCCAUUGAGACGCAAGUUUGCUCUUUACGUGCUUGCUUCCAGGAGUCACUCUUGUAAUAUGAGGCCUUAGAUCACAAUAUUAAAGUAACACUAACACUGUACAUAUAUGUAUACUGGCCAUAAUUUCUCAUUAUGGCCAGCGCUCCUCCAUCAGCUGAGUCUAAAUGGAUGAUCUCAGCCAAAUGAAAUGCUUCUUCGUCGAGAAGCACGGAGGGCCAUACUGCACAUCUAUAAAUAAGAUUCUCAUAAUAGAGAAGUAAUACAUUGGUUUGCCUUUAUUGCCAUAUCACAGAAUGUAAAGACGAAAUGUGUUAUGCUGUCUUAACUAGGAAGUGCCAUUAGCAGCAGCCUGACACUCACUAGACGCACACUGCGUUUCUUCAAAACGGCAAUACUUACUUUUGUGACAGUACUGGGCACUAUAUAGGCACCAGGACUACUACAUUAAGUGAUAGUGGUUUUGGUGCUUAGUGUGCCCCUUGAAUGGUUCAUCCACCUGUUGCUUCUGCCUCUUGAUAUCCAACUGGAACUAGCAAUGUCGUUAGAAAUCUGCCCAUCGGUCAGGCGGUAUUUGGGUAUUUUCUUUUUCCUUUCCAACAAGCAACUUGCUGAACCUGUCACAACGUCCUCUCAACUCAUGGGUACUAACCAGUGUAAUCUUUUUCAUAAAUGGAUUAUUGAUGCCAGUGUUUUAAAAAAAAAAAAAAAAGACAAAAUUACACAAAGGUAUGCAAAUCCAAGGGGGUAAGUUUUGCAGGUUUCAACAAAAAUAUAUGUAUCAUACACAUUUCUCUGUAAACUUUAUCAAAUAUUUAGAAAUACAUUUUGAUAAUAUUGGGCUGGAUUAAACACAUGCACUUGGCCCUUUUUUUUAUUAUAUUUUUGAUGUGUAACAAAUCAUUGUGGGAAGUUGUACCAGUUUCUGUGUAGAAUUUAGUUCUCCCUCGUGCUAGACAUUUUUUUGUUUUGUGGUGUUGCUUGGCAAAGAUGUAUUUUGUUUGCUCUCACUUGACACAUGUAGUCAAGUUGCCCAAAUCUGAUUGUAAUGUUUGUGUACACCUAUACCCAACAUCAAUUGUUUUAUGUUUAGAGCUUUUUUUUCUUUUUCUUUUUUUUCUGCACUGUUUAGUAGUAUGAUGGAUAAACUAUACAGAACAGUUACUACUCCAACUCCAGUGAAAUUUAUAUAACAAGAAUUACAGUUGGUGUGUGUUUAAAUUAAAAAAAAGUGUGAGAUCCGCAUCCUAAAUAUACUCUAUACAAAUGAUAUACAAGUUUAACCAUAAUAUAAAUUGCUCAAUACAAAAUUACCAUGCUUUCUUUUUAAAUCUAUAGAUCGGUUUACCUUAAAACACAUUGAAAGGAUUUAUCUUGCACUAUAGGUGUGCGCUGCUCAUUUCAUUUAGGUUGUACACCUGGGAUUUCUUUCCCUUUUGUCUUUUACAUUUAUAUAACAGGCACUCCAAGCAACAUAACCACUACAGCCUGACAUCUUACCUGGGUCCCAUCAGGAACCAUUCCUGGUCCUACAGCUCCUGUCAGCACCACUGAGCUAGGUACUACUACUGUGCUGGGCCGGCUCAUUGAAGGAGAGCAUUCACUGAUUGCUCUCCGCUAUUAAGUGAAGCCCUACAUAGCCUGUCCAAAUCCCCCCUCCCUCUUUCCUUGCUUAUCUUGGGCAGGGGGCAUUGUUCCGUUUUUGAACCAGUGUGGUCAUUUUCCUGGUGCAGGAGUUCUUUUUCUGGUUUAGGACUGAAUGUGAUUUUUAUAUUUCAUAGAACUGUGGAUCAUUAUGUGAAAAAGUGUUAAACGGUUUUCUGUGAUGAGUGGAUUGAACUAAAUAUUCCAUAAAUCUAUGUCUAUGAUCAAAUUCAAUCUAAAAAAAAAAUGAAAAGCUCCUUAUUGAUGGAAGCUCUUACUUGUAGUAGUAUUGGUAGUUAUAUAGCACCUAACUAUUCCACAGCACUUUACUAUAUUAUGGGAAGUUAACCUUGCUUAAACUGUAUUAGAUAAAGCAACAGCAGCUGAAUACAAACUUCCUCAUAUUUGUUAUUACGUGUAAAGAGAGGCAAUACCACCAUGUAGUAUCCUUUGUAAUGGCCAUCCCAUCAAUCUCUAGAACAUUACAUUUUAUGCAUAAUAUUGCGUCUCUACAAAGGGACCUGCGUAGAGUGUCAAAAUUCAAUAUCGACAAGUAAAAAGUUGUGCAUUCUAGUACAAGGAACCAGCAAGCAGCUUGUAUCCUAUAUAGGCCUGAAUUGGGGAUAACCGUAAAUGUGAAUAACCGGGGAACAAUUCUAGUCAAAACUCUGUACAACAACGUACAUACAGUGUUGGUUAUUGCGGCAAAACAGGGAUCCUGAGAAUGGGCAAAAGCUCAGCGAAACCUCAGUAGCUUGGCCUUUGGUUGGUCCCUGCUCAGGUCUCAAACGUUUUUGCUCACUUGCUCAUUACAGAGAGAGGCUAUAGCAUGUGCGUAUCAGACUGAUCCUGCCCAUGGGGGCAGUCCAGAUCCAAAAUGCUGAAACUUUCUCAGUGAUAUCAAAUUCUCAGUUGUUGACGCAGUACAGCGUCAGUCACCCUUACAAAGGCCAGUGAAAUUCUGUAAUGCAAAAAGGGGUAUUGAUAUUUAAGCAAUAGAAACAUAAUUUACCUCUUUAGAAAUCAAUAGUAAGCAGCUAUAUUGAAUAUUCACUUUAGAUGUAAAACAUUUUGCCAGAGGCAAAAAAAAAAAAAACAAUAAAAAAUAUUCCCUCAUCAAGCUUAAAAGCUCUACGAUCGUAUACAUAAUUUUGGAAAGAAAUUGAAAUUUUUAGGAAGUGCAAAUUAUCAAUUUAAAAUGCAGCAAAAUUAUGUUCCAAGCACAGAAUAGAGCACUGUAUCUGAGAGAUUAAGGUAUUCAGCUUGUUGGAUACUGAGCACAAUGUUAUCAAAGUAAUAGAAAUCUGUGAUCGUGUGAUUCUGAGCAAAGAGCAGGCAACAAAUGAAGGUCCUUUUGUUGGUGCUUAACAAAGGCUGGAAUCACGUGCUCACAGUGCUGAUUCCUGCAUUAAGGCUUGUCCAUGGGAUUAAGUGAAUGUCUUGAAAGCUAUUUGUUUCACUCUUGAUCAGAAGGAACAAUGACCGUGACAUCUGGUAACAGGUGCAGCUAGAGCACAGCUGAGACGGCAGAACUGUUGGCCUGAACGAAUUGUUCUGGUUUGUAAGUAAUUCAGUUUGAAUUUACAUUUUGAUGUGUCAUUAUUUCUAGUCCUGAUUUAUUCUUCCACUGGUUUACAGUUUUUAUCUAAUUUUAGAAUAAUGUUGUCAUGGAGGACAUUGUGAAGUGUGCAUAAGGGGACAAUGCCACAAGAUCUUUCAGCGCUAACUUAACAGAUCUUUGUGCGAAUUGUAAUAUGGCUGCUUAGUUACAUAACAGCGGUGUGGUAUUUAAUUUUACUAAUCCAGCUUUUUAUGUUAAUGAAAUGGCCCGUUUUGUUUGUUUUAAUUUCUUUAUUGUUUCCAUAGACUAGUAAAUGCUUGUGGAUCUAUUUAUUUUAUUGGUGUGCUUUUACAUUACCAUAUGUCAGUUUCACCUUUUAAAAGAACAAAUUGAGUCAAUUUGGCAUUAUCACAAUCCUAGUUUCUAAAGACUUUAAGGCAGCACUGAGUGUUCUCUUAACAUAAGCAGAUUCGUUCUGCCCUGCAGUCGUUAAUUGAGUUUGUCGUUCCACUUUGGAAUUGGAUUCUACGACAGAAUGGAUUGAUACGACAGUGUAGAAUGUCAUUGGUGUUAUGUGCCUAAAUAUCUGGAUAGAUCAUAGUUGGACAUAUAUCAUACUAUGCAUAGAAAAUAGUUAUAAGUACAAAUAGGCUGGACGUGCCUCUAGAAUUCCCCUUAGUUCUGUGCUCUUUCUACCUGCUAAGCCUGCCAUUUUUGCCAUUUCUGCUCUCUGGCAAGGUGCAGUGUGUAUUGGGUUUGUGAAAUUGUUGUUUAUUUUUUGUCUUGAAAUCGCACCUUUCAAAUGGUUGUCUGUUUACUCCCAACAUGAUGGCCUUCUUCACAUUGGCAUAUGUUUAACCCCUUAAGGACCAAACUUCUGGAAUAAAAGGGAAUCAUGACAUGUCAGACAUGUCAUGUGUCCUUAAGGGGUUAAACUGUACUAUUCAAUGAACUCUCCUGAAAACUUAUAGCUACUCCUAUCCAGAGGUUUUAGAGCAUUUAGAAGUACAUGCAGUUGGUGUUAUGAAUCCCCACCACUACUUGCUUCAGUGGGUGAAAUUAUUAACAAUGUAUGCCUUGACUACUACUACAAUAACGAUAAAGCACCUUCACAUCUAUUCUAGUAUAAAAACAUCCUGCAACCACAAAGAUAACAUAAACAGGGGGGUAUUGGGUUACCGCCAACAAAACACAAUUUAGCAAAAUCUAUAUGAAUCCCUAAUAUUACAAUAUAAGGCUCUUCAGUAACUUGAUUUGUAUACCACACAAAGGGAGAACUUGAUAAAGGAACACUUUUAUUAUGAACAGAAAAAAAAAGCCUCAGUGCAUACUAAUACAAUAUAUGUUUCAAACAGAUUACAUAUACACUUCUUCGGCUAGUCUCAGGUUCUAGGCCGGCCCUUCGGAGGAUGGACAAGGUGGAUGAUAUAUAUAUAUAUAUAUAUAUAUAUAUAUAUAUAUAUAUAUAUAUAUAUAUAUAUAUAUAUAUAUAUAUAUAUAUAUAUAUAUAUAUAUAUAUCUCUAUCUAUCUAUCAAUUUAUUCCGUACAUAAUGCCCCUAAACCAUGGGUCUUUAACCUGGUCCCUACCGCCCACUAGUGGGCGUUUUGGGAUUCCAGGUGGGCGGUAGCAGAAUCCUCCCUCCAUCCAGAGAGAUGACCGCUCUAUUCAUCUCUCACGCACUCAGUGGUAAGCAGGAAGUGCGAGGUUGCAGAUGCACGAGCGAGUGUGCCUGAAGGCGCAUGUGCGCCCAUAUUGCACAUAUGAACGUGUGCGCUUGUGAACGAGUGUAACACACGGGUAGAGGAAGGGAAGGAGUUGGAGUAGGUGGGGGAUACACGAUGGCAGGGAGUGGAGUACUUGGAAAAUAGGAGAAAGAAGGAGCAGAGUACUUGUAGAAUAGGAGACAGAAGGAAAACAAAAAAUAUAAAAAGGAAGAGGAGAGAAUUGUUGUUGGCUAAUAAUAAUAAUAAAUGGGCUACCUAGCUCAGCCUUCCUGCUGGGCAUUGCUAUAAUGAAGGUAAAAAAAUAGAAAGAGCGGUGGGGAAUAUAGGAGGGAGAGGAUGGGAGCUGAUGCAUGGAUGAGAAAUCAUAUUAUGAGCAAACAGAGAAAUCGUCUGAAUAUCACCGAAAGAGGAGACCUUCGCUAGUUCCUUACGAAAAUCGAACCAGAUAUCAAAUACAACCUCAAGGAUCUCAUUAAUCACUAGUAAAGGUAAUUUCAAUUUACUUUUUUUGUUUUCUCAUUAAACUUUAUAAAGUUAAAAUUAUAAACAUGCAUAAAGUAGAAAUAAAAAGAUAAAUGUACGUACAUUUAUUUAUUUUAAACACCCUUUCUAAAAAAUAUUCUGCAAUUGUGCGAAAACUGGUUGGCGGUUAGGACAUUUUUCCAUCAAGAAAGAUGCAUUAGUAGGCGGUAGGUAGAAAGUGACUGACUACUCCUGCCCUAAACAUUUAAAAUUGCAUCUGUUAAGACCUGCAGUGGUUAUGGUACUGCGGUCUUCUAUUCCUUUCCCAAUAGCUGAGCAUAAGUGAUUAUAACUGCAGUUAGGAGGUAGAGGAACAGUGUAGAUGCUUCCAAGAUGAUUCUCCCCAGCAAGUAGAAUAUUCCCCAAACAUGAGCCUAGACUUCAUGAAGGGUGUAACAUGAAUACAUUUUAUUGAUGCCACACUGGAUUUUAUGAGAAUCCCCCUGCAAAAGGACCUCCCACAGUAAACAAAGACAAUAACCAAUCAAAAUACAGAGUUACAGUAACCCCCGCCCUCUCUCUGCCUGGGAGAUAUUGAGAUAAGUUAAGGAAUAACCCAAUUAUCUCCAGGCAGAGGGCACACAAUUUUCCCAAAACUUAGAACACCCCUUUCCACAGCAGGAAUCCCCACAAAUUACAUAUCCCCUGAUAGCCCCGAUCUGGGGGACCAACAUAUCCAAAUUUCACCCAGAUCGGUUCAGGGGUUCUUAAAAAGUAUGGAAGUCAUAAGUUACCGACCACACAUGAGGCUCCUGCCCAAAACCGUUCCACAAAUUCAGUGUGUGCGGUCGGUCAAUUCAGUAAAAGGCCUAAAACGAAUAAAAGUCCCAAAUGGAUCCUCCUGGCUCAUAGGAGCGAUUGCUCCCCUUGUUCAUAUGAACCAAACUACCGAAUGGCGCUCUCCUGGCUGUUCGGCAACUAAAGGAAGCAGGCGUUCGGUUUCACCCACUGAAGCAGGUAGUGGUGGGAAUUCAUAACACCAACUGUGCAUGUACUUCUAAAUGCUCUAAAAUCUCUGGAUAGGAGUAGCUAUAAGUUUUCAGGAGAGUUCAUUGAAUAGUACAGUUUAACCCCUUAAGGACACAUGACAUGUCUGACAUGUCAUGAUUCCCUUUUAUUCCAGAAGUUUGGUCCUUAAGGGGUUAAACAUAUGCCAAUGUGAAGAAGGCCAUCAUGUUGGGAGUAAACAGACAACCAUUUGAAAGGUGCGAUUUCAAGACAAAAAAUAAACCAACAAUUUCACAAACCCAAUACACACUGCACCUUGCCAGAGAGCAGAAAUGGCAAAAAUGGCAGGCUUAGCAGGUAGAAAGAGCACAGAACUAAGGGGAAUUCUAGAGGCACGUCCAGCCUAUUUGUACUUAUUACUAUUUUCUAUGCAUAGUAUGAUAUAUAUUUUAGCUCCAGACACUCGACGACCAAGUCCUGCUGCCUCCUUUCGUUCAAACAAGAUGGCCGCCGUUUUCUGUUCCGCGUGGCAUUCGGCUAUACGAACAGCGGCCGCCCAGAGAGUGCUUAAUAGACGGUUCUUUUGAAGUUAAUGAGCCAGGAGGGUGGUCGGUGUUCGGUAGUUUUAAACUACCGAACCUGUAGAUCCAACAUGAACAAAAUACUGCAGAAAAGUUCAAACAUAGAAGAAAAUACCGAACUCAGUUUAUUUUCUUCACAGCAUCUAAAAUCUCUCACAAACCGUUGUAAAUGACCAUUCAUUAAACUUACAAUAUACAUUGCAAACAAUCUAAACCAAGAUACUUAGUUAAGAAUACUUAUACAAUAUUGUGUGUGUGUUUUUUUUUUUUUUUUUUUUUUUAUAAAUCCGGAACAAUGAAACAUGCCAGCUGAGCAUUACAGUUGGUGUAGCAGCCAAGUUUGCAAAGUGUGAAUUCUGCUACCUUGGCAUUGGGAGAGCAAUGAUAUGAUUUUGUUUAUAACAUUACAGUUAUACUCCCACUAUAGCAAGAGGCCAAGCCACAGGCACCCAGAGGCCUAUCUGUCUCAAACCACUCAUAUUGACACAAAACUGACGUAUGGCACCAGGGGCAUGCUGACACCAUAACCACUGCAAUUGGAUAAUGGUGCUUAGAGCGCCAGUUAAAUGCCCAUAUUAAGACACUCUUUGAGUAAACCUAUUAAAGAAUAAAGAUAAAAUUACAGCAAAAUACAGUGACACUAUAUCUAACAAUUUCAUAUUUUGAGCAAAUUCCCCACUUCCGGGUGUCUUACAGCAACUAACCUUGCCAGAGAGCCAGGCUUUACUUAAAUAUACAGAAUUUGGUCAUCCUAUAUUUAUAAUUUCUUUCCCUUAGACACUACAAUCAACAUUACUACGACCGCAUCAAUAGUCCAACCUUUUUUUACUAAGGUUUGGUUUCUUAGCUGGUGUCUUUUGGGUGCCACUCCCAAUCUUCAUUACUUACUAUGGAGAGCCAGAAGUUUCCUAAGCUAAAAGCUGCAGUGGGGGCUGCCAGCAUGCUGUAGUGGUUAUGGUUAUUUUAACUGUGCCUUUUUAAUGGAGUUGUUUUCUUUGAGCCUAACGCAGAGUUAUGUGUGUGUGUGUGUGUGUGUGUGUGUGUGUGUAUAUAUAUAUAUAUAAUAUAUAUAAUUUUUCAAAUCCCAAAUUAUGAACUGUAAUAAUUUGUCGUCUUAAUUAUGUGAGUGUAGUCUGAUGAGCUAUUUGUGGAAUUGACUCGUGUGGGUAAAAUGCAAUCUAUUCAUUCCAAAUUUAUAUCUAAUUUUUCUUCCCUUUUUCUUUCUCUCUGUUGGGCUGUUACUACUUUUACCUUUUUUUUUUAAAUGGUCUUUUUUUAUUUUUAGUGAUGGUUAAGGCAGUCAAACAGCGAUAUAAUAAAACGGUUGUACAUGAGCCUAUGCAGAGGCUAAAUGAGACCGUAAAAAGCAAUAUCACAUAUCAGUAGCGAGUAAGCAUAAAAGAACAAUAUAUCAGCCCCCCACCAAGAGUCCAUGCACUGACCGUCUCGUGCACCUCCCUUACACCACCUAGGCUUCUGUGAAGUGCUUGGACCCGUAUGCCUCACCCAGUGCCGGCCAAAUACUUGGGACUGGGGCACUUCCUUCACUGCCACCGCUUCACCGGAAAGGUCUGUGUCUUCCUGUCCUACAGGGCUCACUGCGCUGGGGACAAUCUCCUCUGGGCCCCCCUUUACUUCUCUCGGGGGAUCCAUCUGCAGGACAGCAGCCGCCCGGGUCCUAGGAGCAGCAUAUGAGUGCUUCUCUAUGGAAGUGAAUAUUCCCCUCCGUGCCAGUAUCGAUGUCUGUCUGUUCUAGUCUCCUAGUGGGCUGUUCAUCAGGCAGCCUUUGCCAGUGCAGGUGGUCAGCGUAGGACUAACGUGGGAACUCCCAUCACCAUGUGGCCGGGAUAACCCCAGCCGGCCAAGGGAGUGCGGGGGCAUCCCUCGUGUGGUGUCAGUCUCCCACCUGGGUGUCCCGUGAGAGCGUACCUUCAUGUUGCCAGGUUUCAUUCAACACCCGCAUGAAUCCAGGCUCGAAGCAGUGAGUAGGCCAUGGAUGGCAGCGUCUGCUCUCCCGGUGUGCAAUAGGUUUAUUGCAGUUAUCAGAUUUAAGCUGGGGUUAUUCUCCACAGAGUGACCUCGGAGAAUCCGAUUUUGGAUUAUGUAAAGUAGGUUUACUUCUUUCUUUCUAAGUUAAAAACUUGUUUUUUGUUUUUUUAAUUUUUUUUAUUUUUUUAUUGUAUCCUAGUGCUUUUAACCUGCGCUACAACUCAAUGUCUUUGUCAAACAUUCCUUAAAUUAUGUUCUGCUCAGCAGUGAUAAGGAAUAAAUUGCACACAAAAACAAUGUAUAGCAAACGCUCAACUGUACAGGUAAUUAAGCCCCCUUGAGGAAGGCACUAGCCGAAACAGGGGUUACUUGGUCUCCAGCCCUGGGCCAGUAAACUUGUUAUGGCACUACUGGGUAAAUGUGUAUGCAUUUUAUUUACAUGUACUAUUGUUGUAUUAAUUUAUAAUAUAAUACACUUGAUUUCUGAUACAUGUUGGAGUUUUGUACAAUAAAUAAAUUCAACAUUUUUGCAUGAACUGGUGUGUUAUGGGUUUUUUGUAUAAGGAAUAAAUGGUAAACAGAUCUCACGAGAUAGAAAAUAAAAGCUCCAUAUGCUGUUUUUAAAAGUGCAGUGUAAGCACCUUAACGGUUACAUGCUAUAUAGUGUUUAUGGUGCAAUUAGGCUGCAUAAUCCAUGCCUUGGUUCUGUCUUCGAGCAACUAAUCAACACCAUGGUCUCCUGGAUUGUAUGUAUUAGUAGUAACUGAGCAGGGAGCUGGGCCAAGUGACUCAUUCUUGGUCUAAUGACUCACUUGACCUAAGAACGAUUUGACUACAAAUUGGGAAAUGGUGCCCACAGACUAAUGGCAUUCUAACCAUGAUAUUGGUAUGGUGUCUACGUGACUGAUUUGUUUAGAGUGUUAUUUUUUUUUUUUUUUUAAAAGCCUCACCAUUCCAUCAGGAUUUGUCUGGUCAUAUAAUAAAUCUGUAUUGUUGAGGUGGCUUAAUCUGGGUACAAUACUGCAUAACUCUCUUUAAAGGGACACCAUAUGAAGUGGUCUGGGUGCCAUGUACGGCCCAUUUUAGCCAUGCAAGUGAAAACAUCGAUAUUCUGCAGGAACAGCAAUCUUUACAUUGCAAGGUUUAAAUGCCUCUAGUGGCUCUUACUGACAGCCGUUAUAGGCGAUUCUGCAGAAAUAGUAAAGUAAAAAUCUAUUUUAAUCAGAAGGUCUCAUGAUCGCAGCGGUGUGUUUUGCUGCACAUGUGCACUAUCCUCCCAAUACUUUCAUGGGAUUGACACCCAGAGAGUGAGUAGAACAUUAUAACAUUUUUAUAGUUUUAUUGUUCUUUAAAAUCCCCGUAUACCCUCUAAAGUAACUGGGAAAUUCCUUUAUUAAGUAUAAGGGCUUGUUCAUAGUGGUACAUUAACUAAAUGGCUAAUACAAUAGCUAAUAUGGAUAGGAAAUACAAACUAGUAUCAGAGACAGAAUAGAGAGAGAUUUGGGGGACCACUUGUUAUGGGAAUUUAAGUUUUCUAGUUUUGAAUCAGGGAAGCGCAAUAUUUUUCCUGUCGUCCAUGUGGGUUAAGGAUUCUGAUUCUCUCCUAUGCGAUAGGCAGGAUUAGAGGAGGGAGCCUUUUUGAUCCAAAAUGGGGUGGAUUUCUGGUAAUACAAGGAAUAUUUGUUGUGAUCCAGAGUAACUAGGAGGUUAGUAAUAUUGGGGACACUUUACCCAAUUUAGAUACCUUUUUCUAGUUUAACUCGAUGUGUCACUACCAAAGAUUUAUUUACUUGGAUUAAGUGGAAUAAGUGAUCAUUGCAUCUAUUUUCCAAUACCCUCUCCUCAUACGGCCAGUCACUGCAGGCUGUUUGAAUUUUGUGCUUAAUUACAGUUAGCUACUUAUGUUAAAGGGACACCAACUACAGCUUAUUGAAUUUGUUCUGGUGAGCAGAAUCAUUACCUUCAGGCUUUUUGCUGUAAACACUGUCUUUUUUCAGAGAUAAUGCAGUGUUUACAUUACAGCCUAGUGAUAACUUCACUGGCCACUCCUCAGAUAGCUGUUAGAGAUCCUUCCUGGGUCAUAGAUGCCUAAAAUGCAUCCAAACAUUCAAUGUCUCCUCCCUCUGCAUGCAGACACUGAACUUUCCUCAUAGAGAUUCACUGAUUCAAUUAAUCUCUAUGAUGAGAUGCUGAUUGGCCAGGGCUGUGUUUGAAUUGUGCUGGCUCUGCCCCUGAUCUGCCUCUUUGUCAGCAUCAGCCAAUCCUAUGGAGAAGCACUUUGAUUGGAUCAGACUACCACUUCUGAUGAUGUCAGCAGACUGCUUGUUUUUCUGAGGCAUGCCGAGUUACAGCUUCAGGCUUGAAUACAGUAAGAUCUUGCUAUAUUUACGGAGGCAUGAGGGACCCAGGGGGGGCUAGAUGGUUGUGUUAACACUGUAGGGUCAGGAAUACAUGUUUGUGUUUCUGACCCUAUAGUGAAUCUUUAACAGUUCUAACAAUCCAGCAGCUGCCUUAUAUGUAACAAUUCCUCUAUUACAAUGUUUCUAUUCCUCGUGAGAACCACAUUUUUUUUUUCUUUUUUCUUAGGGCACUGCUUAACAGCGUAUAAAUCUCUCUCUCUCUACUCUAGCUUUUAUUUCCUAUUCGCUUUAGCCAUUUAGUGAAUGUACCAUUACGAACAAGCCCUUAUACUUAAUAAAGGAAUUUCCCAGUUACUUUAGAGGCUAUAUGUUCUUGUCCUCUUUGGUAUUCUAUUUUGAUUCUAAGGGAAUUUCCAUUACUUUGAUUCCUGUCCCUUAGCAGAUAGGAACCAAAGUGUUGUUUUUUUUUUUUUUUUUGUAUUGAACACUCUUACUGCUACUCACAGUGAGACUCAAAUUCAUUUGGAAUUCUUAGUUGGAAGUAACGGUCUCUUUACAGAGUGUCUUGUUACAGUAGCAGUAAGAUAUGCCUGACAUAUACAGCUUGUUGUCUGAGGAACUCGUGGAUGCUCGUACUCAUAGACUAAUCCGCGGAUGCAUGCCCUUUGUACUUUCCUUGGGUGGGAAAAAAAAAGUACUUUUAGAAACAAUCUAUAUGCUGCAUCGGCACUGUAAGAGUACUGGUGGUGGGGCGUUAAACUCGUAUCCAAUACGCAAAAUUAACUAAUAGCAAGCCAUUUUUAUGCUGCUUUAACAUCACUAUAAGAACCUUUUUAAUUUUUAUAUUCUUACUUGAUGCUUCGCUGUAAGUAAAAAUUAUUUUUCCGGCAAUUGUUUGUUUUUUGCCUGAAUCGAUACAUUAUUUUGGUAUUUUAUGAUCUCCAGUAAUUUCCAUUGCAGCCGACAAGCUCUAGACUUCUCCAGGACUGUGCGUCCACGUUCCGUGAAGUCACCUCUCCCCACUCUCUUCCAGAUUACAGCAUGCUCUCCAACGGGCUCCAUUUGGAAGAACAUUGAGCUAA